AGCACGCACCAAAUUAUUUUCUCCUAAACAACUUUGCAUUUUUUUUUUUUUUUUUUUCGGUUUAAAUUUUUUCAGAAUCUAUACGAAAUUGGAACUCCACAGUGAUCACAAGCAAUCUCUAAUAAUCUGAAAAUUAAAAAAUGGGGUUGUUCAAAUUCUACAAUCUCAAUCCCAUUUACAGAAGCUACAUAUCAAGAUUUCACACUCGCAAUCACAAGAAUCGUAUAAUUCAAGCAUUCGGUUCUUCUGAAUUCUACGAUCACCGUCCAUUGGGGAGACUCUCAGAAAGCCCUAAUUACAGGAUUUCGAAGAGAUGGCACGUAGGUCAUUCUCACCAUCACCACCAACAUGAUCGCUCUAGCGAGGAAGCCGAGAAGAUAUUCUGGUUGGGACUCGCCGCCGACAUUGGCUUGGCCGCUGGAAAGUCAUUGACCGGUUAUCUUUCCGGCAGCACCGCUAUUAUUGCCGACGCCGCCCAUUCUAUCUCCGAUGUGGUUCUUAGUGGUGUUGCUUUGUUGUCAUUCAGAGCUGCAAGGGUUCCCAAGGACAAAGAACACCCAUAUGGACAUGGUAAAUUUGAGACUUUAGGAGCCCUUGGGAUUUCUGUUAUGCUUUUGGGAACAGCUGGAGGUAUUGCAUGGCAUGCUUUAGAUCUGUUGCUGGGAUUGUUGUCAGCAUCUCCUGAAAUAGUAAAUCAGUCAUUAGGUCAUGGGCACAUGCAUAACCAUCAUCAUGGCGGGCAUCAUCAUGGAAUUGACAUGGAUCACCCUGUCCUAGCUUUGAAUAUGACUAUAAUAUCAAUAUCCGUUAAAGAAGGGCUAUACUGGAUAACCAAGAGAGCAGGGGAAAGGGAAGGCAGUGGAUUGAUGAAAGCAAAUGCUUGGCAUCAUCGUGCAGAUGCUGUUUCCUCGUUUGUUGCUCUCAUUGGGGUUGGAGGAUCUAUUCUUGGUGUGAAGUUUCUAGAUCCCCUUGCGGGAAUUGUUGUCUCGGGCAUGAUUCUAAAAGCUGGACUUGAAACAGGUUACCAGAGUGUAUUGGAACUAGUGGAUGCAGCUGUCCCAUCGCAACAGUUGGAUCUCUAUAAACAAACAAUUCUACAAGUUGAAGGAGUGAAGGGCUGCAAUCAUCUGAGGGGAAGAAAAGCCGGUUCCUCUCUCUAUCUUGAUGUAAAUAUUGAGGUAGAUCCUUUCUCAAGUGUUAGUGCGGCUCAUGAAGUUGGUGAGAAUGUUCAUCAUGUAAUUCAGAAGUUACACCCUGAAGUAGCUGAAGUCUUCAUACACAUAGAUCCUGCAAUUUCACUUUUCUCGGCUGAUACAAAGGACCAACAAGGGAAUAUGAUGGAAACAGAUUGGAGGAAUAGGAAUCUUUCAUCAGAGCACAAGGAUAUUGAAGAUAUCGUUUCCAAUAUAUUAUCAUCAAAAUUCUCAGAGAAAAUGGUUCUUGAGCGCAUAACUCACCACUUGUUUCCGGACAAGAUUUUACUUCAAGUUGAAGUCUCUAUGCCCCCUGACAUUUUAAUUCGAGAUGCAAUAAAGGUAGCGGAAGAAGCAGAAAGAGAGAUUUCAAAGGCAGCCCCUGAUGCUGUCGUGGUCUGUAUUCAACUGCGACUAGGGCGUACAAUCCCACAGUUAACAUGAUUAAUUU